UCAGAUUCAAGUGUGAAGGUCCAUUAUGGCAUCUGCGGAGAAGAUUGUUUUUGGGUGAACCAGUUGUAAAUGGCUCAAUUAAGGGAAAAGUCCACUUUCUAUCGAAAAUGGGUGUGAUUUAAUUGUGAUUGGUGUAAACUUACCUAUGUUCUAAGAAUAAUAUUUUGUUGUUUGUGUGCGAGUUGUGAUCUAGACAUCAACCAUAAUGCCUGGACUGAUAGGAGUAAAUGAAUUUAUCGAAGAAACAAGGGAGGACUACAACUCCCCUACGACAUCUACGUUUGUCUCACGAAUGGGACAAUGUAGACAAACCAUCACUACACUAGAAGAGACUCUUGAUUUGGACCGAGAAUGUUUAAUAAAAAUGAAAAAGGCUGUAAAGGCAAUACAUUAUUCAGGAAAUUUACAUGUGGACAAUGAGAUGUACUUGGCUCGUGUGUUGGAGAGGCUUGGUGGGAACGCUCUCAGCAAAGACCAGGAACCAGAUAUAGGAGCUGCGUUUCUUAAGUUCGCAGUCGUUCACAAAGAGCUCUCAGCUCUCAUGAAAACACUCAUGCAAAACGUGAACAACAUCGUGAUGUUUCCUGUAGACAGUCUUCUCAAAGGAGAUCUGAGGGGUGUAAAGGGGGAUUUGAAAAGGCCUUUUGAUAGAGCGUCUAAAGAGUUUGAAGCCAAGUAUGUGAAGAUUGAGAAAGAAAGGAAACAGCAAGCCAAAGAAGCAGGACUGAUCCGUACUGAGCUGUCGGCUGCUGAAAUUGCUGAUGACAUGGAGAAGGAGAGGCGGCUUUUUCAGCUCCAGAUGAGCGAGUAUCUUCUUAAAGUCAACGAAAUCAAGACAAAAAAGAGUGUUGAAUUGCUACAGCAUCUAAUAGAGUACUUUCACGCUCAAACCAAUUAUUUUCAAGACGGGCUGAAAACAAUUGAACACUUUGGAAGCUAUGUGGCAGACCUGUCUACGAGGUUGCAGACUGUUCGUCAGAAGCAAGAUGAAGAACGGAGACAGCUCAAUGAGCUGAAGCAGCUCUUGCUGCGCAGCGCUCCGGGACUGGAUAAAGAGACGAGUGGGCACAUGCCAGACAGAGGCACGGGCUACUCUCUACACCAACUGCAGGGAGACAAACAGGCAGGGAUGACGAGGACAGGUCACCUCAUGAAGAAGUCGGAGGGCAAAAUGAGGCGAGUGUGGCAGAAGCGACGUUGCGCCGUACAAGCGGAGGGGUUCCUGGAGAUCAGCCACGGAGACGAGACCAAACCCCCCACCAAGGUCAACCUGCUCACGUGUCAGAUCAAGAUGGUGCCGGACGACAAGCGGUGCUUCGACGUCCUCUCUUACAAUCGCACGUACCACUUCCAAGCGGAGGAUGAGACAGACCAGCGAGCGUGGAUGUCGGUGUUGAUCAACUGUAGGGAGUCUGCGCUAUACCGAGCGUUUGAUGACGGUGGCAAAGCAACGGGCAGCUCCAGUGGUGCCAACCCUUCACUGCUGGAGCUGCAGCAAGCCAUCAUACGACACAUACAGCGGCUGCCCAGCAACGACCACUGCUGCGAUUGCAACUCUCAGAACGACACUACCUGGCUGAGUAUCAACUUUGGCGUGGUGGUGUGCAUCGAGUGUUCCGGGAUACACCGGGACCUGGGAGUCCACAUAUCCCGGAUACAAAGUCUCACUCUGGACCACAUCGGCACCUCGCAGCUGCUAUUGGCCCGUCACAUGACCAAUCAUGUGUUCAACGACGUCAUGGAGGCGAACCUCGACACGGAUACCAAACCUAAUCCUUCCAGCUCAAUGGAUGAGAGGUAUUCAUUCAUCCGGGCCAAGUAUCUGGAGAAGCGUUUUGUCAAGAAAACAUGUUCAGACGAGCACGAGCUGUUGAGUGACCUCGAGCAUGCUGUCAAGAACAACCAUCUGCGGAAUCUUCUACAGGUCUUUGCGGAAGGAGCGGACCUUUCAGCACCUCUACCUUCUUCGGACAGUGAAGAGACUGCUUUACAUCUAGCAGUCAUCAGAGAGAUCGGCUUGUCUUUGUGUAUUGUGGACUUUCUUGUCCAAAACAUGAGAUCAGCCGGGCUGGACAAAAUAACUGCAGCUUCUGGAAGAGACGGAGGGGGCAAUACUGCACUGCAUUUGUGUGCGAUCCAUGACAAGCCGGAGUGUAUGAAGCUGCUGCUGCGUAGCGGAGCAGACCCAACACUGCGUAAUGCUCAGGACAAGACACCACUGGACAUUGCUACGGAGAAGGGACACCACACUUGCGAGGAGCUGGUCAGUGUGAAUAGGUUGAGGCAUGUUUCGGACCGACAAAAGUCACUUUUCGAGAACAUCAACAUUGACUGGAACCUGUCCCAUGAUGAAGGCUCAACUGACUUUGAAGGCUCAGAUGACGAAACGGUCAUUGAAGACAGAAACGGUUGUGUAACACCGGAGAGAAAACAGCCGUCCCGACCUCCAAGUUACACUGAGUCACCGGUCAAUAUGAGAUCUCGCUCGUCUACUUGUGACUCGCUGAAGAGUAGCAGCUACCGGCAGCCCAUGCCCCCACCUCCACCCCCGCAGAACAAGAAACCCCCCACCACGGCUGCAUCAGCUGCCAGCGUCGGUAGUCUAAAGAAGCGAGUGGCCCCGUUACCUCCAGCCAACUACGGAACUUUGCCCUCCAACCACAACCACAAUAGGAGUCCCUCGGACCCUAACCCUGCCUACCACACUCUGAACCACCACAAGCGCAGCCCUUCUACAGACUCCUCCAGGCUCAUACACCUUGCUGGUGCCAAACUAGUCAUUCCCCCUGGAGAAAUUCCAACUCUCAAGUCAACCAAUAUGGAAAAACCUCCAGGUGGUAUCCAGAGGCCUAGAGGUCCUCCCCCGCCUGCGCCUACAUCUCUGCCGUCCUCCCGUCUGUCCAACGGCCAGUCCACGGAGAGUAUCUCCUCCCUCAUGUCUGACAUUGAGUCCUCCGUAGCCCACAACAACCCCGUGCCUCCCCCACGCAAGAAAAAACCUGAAUGCUCAAAACUCGAGAGUUAUGCAGAAGAGAGUGAGCCAUACUUCUACUGCCCAUUGGAGCAAACAUUACAGCAGCCGAGUACAGUGACGCGACCUCCGAGGUGCAAAGCACUUUACGACUGUUCUGCGGACAACGAGGACGAAUUGUCCUUCAAGGAGGGGGACAUCAUCCUCGUCACGUCCUCCAGCACCGAAGACGAGAACUGGAUGGAAGGUGCGCUGGAGCGGGACCCGUCUGUCAAAGGGAUGUUUCCGAUCAGCUUCGUGUACAUGCUGAACGACAGUUAGUCUGUUAUUUGUUGAAUCUUUAUAUAGUCUAUAGUAUUAUUUAUUUUUACCAUAGCGUAAGGUAUAGAAUGUGAUGUUACGAUUUUUACUUUUUAACCCUCUAUUGUGCUUUUUGCGUGCUUUAUUUUUAGGUAAAUACCUUCGGUGAACUAAUGAUUUUCAUCAUUACAAAGGCGAAACUGAGGAAUGGGCUUUUAUUAUGUUACUACCACAUAUAUUUUAAUUCUCUCUAGUUGUGAAAUUCUUCAGUUUUAUGGGGAAAGGUAAGAUAUAUUAUUUGAGUAAUGGCUGUAGUUAAGUUGAUUGAAAGUAGGCCUAUAAACCAUUUUAACAUGAUGAAUAUAAACAGUUUAUAUUUUAAUUAAUUUUAAGAACUGGGCAUUAUUUUUUUAUCUGAGCUAUUUUUAUGUUCUAUUAUUGUUUUAUUUUAUUGAGCAGACAAGAUGAUGCAUGUUUGUGAAAACUUUUCAGAGGUUUUAACCAAAAUUAUGUGCUUUAUAUUAUGAUUGAGAAACAAUUUAAUCCAACCCACCCAUUUUGUCGAUGCAAGGUUUUGUUUAUGUGGUCAAGAGUCCUUGGAGCCUAGAUGUUAUAACUCAUAAAACAAUUACCAAAGUAGAAAGAAAAUUUCUAAAUCUCAUAGUGCACUAGAUAUUUAAAUUACAAUCACUUUGGUAAUUGAAAAAAUAUUUUGAGAUGGUAAAUAACUCUUCAGCGGCGGUUUGAAAUGAAUCAAAUUAACAUUGCUCUUACGGCGGGCAAAUUCUAGAUGGCCGUUAGCCUCCAUGGACCCCCCUAGUAAACAACUACAAAACUACAAAGACAAUUUCUAAUCUCACAGUGCACUAGAUAUUUAAAUUACAAUCACUUUGGUAUUAAAAAACAUUUUUUAUGAUAAAUAACCCUUCAACGGCUUUUUUUAAAUAAUCCAAGAUGGCCACUAGCCUCAAAGGACUCAGAUGAUUAAAGAUUUUAAUUUUUAAGAAUAAAUUAACACAAAUUUAUAGUAGAAUAAAAAAAUAUAACAGUACUGAACUGUAGAGACUGGAGACUCAUAUUGUUCCACUACCGGUACCCACCAAUUUUGUUUAGGUAUCUUUCUCAUAUCAAUCCUUAUGUUGUUAUUUUUAUGUUCUUAAUCAUAGGAAAUUGAUUAUUUGUUUGUUGGUAGCUGAAACUGAUUGUUAAACCUUGGUUAAUAAGGUUAGUUAUUUUAUCAAUAUUUGUUUUUCUCUCUUUUAAGAACUUUAUUUGCGUUUUAAAAUAUCUCCUCAACUGGAUGUUAGCAAACCAAUUAUGUUUUUUUUUAAUUUUCAAAUUUUUAAAGUAAAUUUUAAAUCAGCUUGUAAAAGUAAGCGCUCUUAGUUUUAAUUUUAUAUUUAUGGUUUUUUACUACAUUUAUUUACUGGUGUUGUUUUAUAUUUUUUUAUAUGUAUGUAAACAAUAUUGCAUUAUUAUAUGGGGUGCUUAACUUAACCAUACUGGAAUUAUUUGUUUAUACUUAUUUUUGAUUAAGUUGGAAUGUGCCCUCCUAUUUACAAGUUUUAAAGAGAAGCUUUCAGCAUAAUGAUAAUAAUGGCGUUUAAUUUCAUGAGCAGUUUGAGGAAAGGUAUUUUCUAUAGCUGAAUUGAUUUGUUUAAAUAUACAAGCCUUUUAAAAGGACAAGUUGAUAAUUUGUACCAAAGUAUUAAAAUAAUAAUUGUAUGUAGUCAGAACUGUCCCCUUUUUAAUAUUUUUAAUUUUUAAUGCUUUUUUGUAGAAAGUAAGAGCUAUAGAGACAAAUCAUAGAUAUGAGCUUACAGUUGCAGAAAGGGUGAUGAAAUGUUUCUAUCUUUUCCUCUUUUGAGGAAUGGUGUUGUCCAUAAACUUUUUUUUAAGAUUUUUGUUUUCAGUUUAAAGAAAGCCAUUGUAUCUUAACUAUUUCUGAUUUUUCGCAUGCUCCAAUAUUUAUCUGAGUGAAACUUUUGUAUACAGUUUUAGAUGUUAGCUUUUAAAGUUACAAAAUUAUUGUAUACAAUAGCUGUAUAUUGAUGUGUACAAACUGAAUAGCCUAUAUGCCGUGUAAUAUAUGUAUGUCUGUUGUGAUAUGUAAAUAGGUGCUUCGGCAUUGCUAGUGUCUUGUCCAAUCAUACGAGUGGGAUUUGUGUUACGUAGAGAGUCAGUAUAUUUAUGUAGAUAAAGACAUUAAUUAUUUUUGUAUUUGUUGAAAUAAUUAUGUUGACAAUUAUAUAUUAUUGCUGACGUAUAUAGAUUUAUUGUAUUACAAAUUAAAUUUUCUCUGGUAAAUGAUAAAUAGUGAACGCGGCAAAUUUCUUCAUAGUGCAGCUUUCAAAACAACAACUUUGUGGUUUGAAUCAAAUUUAAUUAAAAAUGUGUUAGAAUCUGUUUUGCCGUCACAAUUAUGUCAUAUUGCACAAUUUUGGCGAGUGCAAACGAAUUAUGGUUGCUAUUGUAAUGCGUAUACAUUUUAUUAGCUUUUUUAGUAUGUUUUUCUUGCUAGUGUUCAAGGUCUAAAAAUUAAAUGUUUCUUUUAUUGUUUAUAGAAGUACUAUCGUUUACGGUAGCUAAAUCGAAGAUCGUAGGCCUAUGAAUACCACAACUGUGUUAGUUGAGGCUAGAUUACUACAUGAGCAUUAAAAUAUUUUUUUCAAAUCCUCUUUUAGUAGAUUAUAAUGAAAUCCACCCAACUUCUCAGAUUUGAAUUCAAACUGUGAUUGGAUCAUGACACUAUUACCUACCUACCAAAGAUUGUAUACAUCGUCAAGUGUAUCUCAAAUGUAUAUAACAAACCCAGUGUAUAUAAGUCCUUAUAUUCCCCAAACACUGUAGUGUUACCAGUAUAACUAGCUUGUAGCUAUAUUUUGAUAUUAUUUAUUAUAAAUACUUAAUAGAUAUUUUCUCUUAGAUUUGUUGCGCUUGAACUAAACCGAGUAGUGUAGUGUUAUGUGUACCACAUACUUAAUUGAUUCUUGACAAUUGUAUCUUACGUAAGUUUAGGAGCCAAAUGAUCUGUUAUACCUAAGCGUUUUCACAAAGUUAUAGGCACAAAAUAUUUCUGUACGCACAUAUUUUGUUGUAGACUUGAGAGUUUUUAAUGUUUAAGUAAGAUUUUUAUUUAUUUGAGCUUAACAUUGAUUUUAUGUAGCUUGUAAUUUAAUUCUGCAAAAUACUAGUCACGUUUCUGUUUUUGAGCUGAAAACUCUUAUAAUUUUUUUUCUACAUCCAUAAGCGUCCCAUAGUACUUUUACUCUGUCAAUGGUAUUUUUGUGCUUGAGAUUUAUACAGUUCUUAUUAUUGGCAAUGCAUUAAAAAGGUAAGGGUUCACUCUUAAAUUUAUUGGUAGACAUUUUAUAGUUUUGGAAAUUAUUGCAGAUAUUUUUUAGAUGUGACCCCUCAUAUCUAAAAAAUAUCUGCAAUAGUACAUUGUUGAUACUAAAACUUUUUAUAAUAAUUUUUACUCCCCAGUAAAAAGUAUCAUACAAAGUUUUGGUUCAAUGAGGUUUAAAUUUUUAUGAAAGCCAAGUAAAAUCAUGAUUUUUUCCUGAGAUAUAUUUCAGUUUUAAAAACAGAAAAUUAAAAUAGGUCAUUUUCAAAAUCCAAAAGGGCAAUUUCCAGUGACGUGUUAUUUUAACAAUAUAACAUUUUAGUAUACUUGCUAAGAAGAUUAUUUUAGUCCAUAAAAAUGCUGUAUAAAAUCCAUUAGUUUGAGACAAGACCCUUUACUGUAACUUUCCUAAAUGUUUACUUGUUUAAGAGAAAAUAUUUCUAAUAAAAAAGAAACUGGACUAAUGUAUUUCAGAGGAAGAAAUUUGGGCGAAACUUUGAUAUCCCACCCAUCGUAUAAUGUAACUUAAAAUUAUCGAGUUAAUCGAUAACCAAACUUAGCCUAAUCAAAACCGAACCUCUAUAUCGUUUGUAACGAUUGAUAACUAUGAUGGAGUGAAUUAACGGUGAACUGUUCUUCAAAGAAUAUAUAAAUACCUUUGGACUUCACUUUUUCCUAUAACUAAUAGCAAAGCUUUCUGCUAUACCUAGAAUACAAUUGUGGUACUGGUAAAUGAUAUGAACCGAAUAUUUGAUAACCAGAUAGGUUAAAUAACUGUUAAUGAGCAGUGGAUUUCUGCACAUCUCUUAAAUAACCUGCCAUAUUGUUAUUCUAGGUAGUGUGGGCUUUUGAUUAUUAUUCACUUUAUAAUCUUAAGUCUUCUAACCAAACACAGUUCUUCUGACUUAUACCGUAGUUACCUACGAGACUGUUGUAUGUUUAGAAAAAUGGCUGUGCAGAGAAAUAUUGUGCACAAAUUACGCUAAACUUAUUGUUUUAACUUUUAAAAUGUAUUUUAUUUCUAUAAAUUGUACUUUAGGAUGGCUGGUCAGCAGGUUGAUGAAAAUCAGCCAGACCUAGUUCAGACUAGUAAUGGUUUCUUAAUACUGUAUGCUGAUAAUAUUAAAAUAACUAAUUGUUUAUCCAAAAAGAACUGGCGAGAUCUAUAUCGUUUUGAAUAAAAGUACCUAAAUCAAAGUCUCUCUUAUUAAUUUUUAUUUAACCAAAGAAUUGUCCAUUAUUCUACUCUGUUAACAGUUUCCCAUCCUGUAUCAUAAUUAGAAUUCUAAAUUUUACUCUGUAAUAACAGUUACACUAUGUUUACAAGAUGCAUGUUACGUUUGUAAUAUUAACAACUUGUGUCCAUUUAUAAUCUUUAAACUUAAGUUGCACUCUAAAUAUGUUAUAACAAGUGUCCAAUAAAACAGUCUGUUUAUUUUUUA